GUGUGAGGUCUGAAAAUGUAAUGACACCCAUCGAUAGGCCAGUUAGACGGGUUAGACCACUUAACAGGGAAAUUAAUUCUACUGCUGCGUCUACUGGAAUAACUUCUGACGAUGAAACUCAAGAAGUGCCCCAAGAAGUGGUUAUGGAAGUUGAAGUAAACACAAGUGCCCCUCCUCCCCAAUCUUCAUAUAGAGUUUUAGAUAUUGAAAACCUGGAGAUAAUUCCAUCCCCUGUAUCAUCGCCACUACCGAUAUCAUCAUCAGAGGUUGAUGAGUCGUUGGCCAAUCAAAAUCAGCUAUUGGAACAUGGAUAUGCCAAAGAGGAGCGCCAAGGUCGCAAUUUUCCCAUCAAUUUCGCAGCUUCCAUUUCCACUGCAUCCUCAUCAUCAUCAUCAUCGAGGACUGACAUAUCAAGAUCGUCUAAGUUAAUUAAUGGAAAUAAAAAUAACAGCAGGCAAAAGAAGGAAAAAAAAAACAAAAAACCUAAGUUCCUUUGUUGACAAAAUGAAUCAAAAAGAAAAAGAAGAGGCAAAUAUAUCUUUGGCAAAAUUUUUUUUUGGGUGUAAUAUUCCGUUCAGUGUUGUGGAAAGUGACCAUUUCAAGAAUUUUUUAAAACUUUUACGUCCGGCAUACAAUCCGCCUACAAGAAAGACCUUAUCUUCUACCCUUUUGGAUAAAGUCCAUGAGCACGUGUUAAUAAACAAUAAAAACAGUUUAAAGAAAUCAGCCACAUUACUUAUAGAUGGUUGGAAAAACUCAUCAAAUAAUACAAACAAUGUAGUAACAAUGCUACAAACUCUUAAUGGUGAAAGUGUGUUUCUUGAAUCUUAUGACUUUUCAACAGCCAAGGAAACGGGUGAAGCACUUGCAGAAGUCUGCAAUAACGCUCUUGAAACGGCAAAAUCAGCAUACAACUGUGAAAUUUACGCCGUAGUCUCUGAUAAUGCUUCGAAUAUGGUAAAAAUGGGUCGCCUUAUAAAUUUAUGGCAUAGCACUUGCAGCAGUCAUACAGGUAAUCUCCUUGUUAAGGACAUAGUAGAUCAUGACGUCAUGAAAACUGUGACUCUGGUGUUAAAAGAAUUUAAGCACA